AUGGCAGAGCGACGGCAGCCGCGGGUGCUAGGCGCCAAAAGAACGGCGUCGGAUGCCCUGGGCACACGCGUCAUGGGGGACGAGGAGAUUGCCACGGUGAUCAAGCGUGUUGUGGCUGGCACCGUGGACGACGGCGUCAAGCUGGAGCAACUGGAACGUGCGCUGGCCUUCUACGCAAGCCGCAACAGUGAGUACACAAGACCCGGGGAGGAUGACAUAAACGUUCUCACGUCGGAGAUUCUAAACAACUCUAUUCGCUCCGUCAUGCUCUUCGGCGACUUUUCCGCCGCAUUCACAGAUGUCGAGGUGUACUCUGUCUCUGUUGCGGUGCAGUACAACUUAUCUCUAGAAGCACUAACGAUGAAUGGGAUUAAUAUGAGUGAUGAGACGCUUUCGAUGCUGUGUGGGGCACUUGUCCAGUCACGGAUAAGUUUUAUUGACCUCUCCAACACCCCAUUAGAGGAUGAGGCAGGACGCUCCUUGGCGGCUUUGGCGCAUAUUAACCCAUACGUGCGUACCAUCAUUCUCGAUGACACGCUCAUAGCUGAGGAGGUGCUUGACGAAAUAGACUUGGCCUGCCAGUUCAACCAAAGCAAUUUUGAGGCGAACGGCGGCGCGGUGGAAAUCACAAAACCUGCGGAGUUGGCGCGGCUGCGACAUCGUCUGCAGCACAUCAUUCGAGCUAAGCAUAAGAAGAUGUACUAUUGUGUUUCCCAUUUGCUGGGGAUGUGCCCUAACGGGGAUCUCUGCCUGUACUCCCACGCCCUCAUGACGACAGGCGCGCCGGACGCCAAUGCCAACCUUCACGAACAUCUUGCAGAUCUCUUUGCGACGGGUGGAAAUUGGCAGGACAAGCUUCCGCAACCACCUCAGGCAGGGGCAUCCUGGAAGGACCCGGAUGAAGAGCAGGGCCACACACUGCGUCUGAAUCUGUCAAGGUGCAAGGCAGUGGGAGCAAGAGGGACAGGAAAGGGGAAGGAAGGGAGGGGGAUGCGUCACCAGACAGAUGGCUGGCGUGGGUCAUAUCGGGCUAUGGGUGCAACUAUUGCGGUGGUGGUGGUAGCGCUUGUCGCAGGUCUUUGGUCCACCCGGCGGAGGUAA